CAUAUAUUUAGAAUAGCAUACACGUUCUCAAAUUAUAAUCAGAUACUAAAAUGUGUACGUGACACUUAAAUUUCAUUACAAAUCUCAUAGAAGAAAAAAUAUGUAGUUAAUUUGUCCAAUAACUGUGACUUUUAAGAGCUAAUUUGUCCAAUAACUGUGACUUUUAAGAGCUUCCGUUGCAUAUUAUGAAGAUUCAUUGAUAUUUGAAGAUUUAUAUCUACGCUUGGGUUUGAUAACAAGCCUUUCAGCUGAUUAAAGCAGAUCCUCUAGACACUGCUGGUUUCAUAGCUCAGAAUGGAUCCGACUGCCUCUGGAAUCUUCUGCAGCAGGAUGCUGAGCAUGGUCAACUCCGAGGACGUUAAUGCCAUCAUCCAGGCCCAGAGACACAUGCUGGACCGCUUCGAAAAGACCAACGAGAUGCUCAUUAACUUUAACGGCUUGUCCAAUGUGCGGUUGCAGCAGAUGAACGACCGCUUUCUGCUUCACACUCGCACUUUAAUUGAAAUGAAGAAGGACUUGGACAGUGUUUUUCGACGAAUAAGGACAUUAAAAGGCAAGAUUGCUAAGCAGUAUCCUGAAGCCUUUAGCAAUAUUUGUGAGGCUUCCAGUCUGGAGGACGACGAUGACGAUGACCUUGACCCUGUCCCCCCCAGCAUAGCCACCACAACCGUCACGUCUGAACAGAGCACCGAAUCUUGUGACACGAGCCCAGACAUUAUCUCACCCACCAUCAGCCGCUGUUCUGAAGAGCUUUCUCAGGAGAAUCCGGACACACCGGUCUCGAACAGCCCUGAGAGGGCAGUACUGCUUGAUGAGGGCCCAGAUUCAGUCAAUAUCUAGAGAAUCUGCUGAUUCUUUUUGGAUAUGUCGCUAAAGACUUCGAGUGCUCUGAGUGUAACAGCCCAUGUGUGGACUUCUUGUCAAGUCCAGUCACGUUAACAUACUAUGCCUAGAAGUUAUCCAAAGCUAAAAUAUGUUCUAAGUGUGUUUGCCAAAUAUGCUUUUAGUCUAAACAAUCUGAUUUUUAUUUUUUUAAAUACAUUGUUAUAUAUGUGGUAUGGUUUAUUAUUUCAAACAGUUUCAUGUCAGAUUACAGUAACAUGUCUUGCACUUCAACUUCUAACUUAUGCUGGAUUUUGAUAUGUUUUCUGUUUUAAUUGUUGGACCGAUUAACUGGAACGUUGUCUUGGUAGUUUGUUUAGAUAUUCAAGCUGAUGUGUGAAAUAAAUAUGACCAUGUGGAAA